AUGGCUAGGGACCUGAUCCGGCCAGCACUGCCGCCAGGCUUCAAGGUGCACGCAACAGCUGAGGAUGAGGAGCAGGACCCGAGCCAGGUUGCAGGGCCAGCUCUGCCCCCUAACUACAGAAGCAGCAUCUCAGACUCCUCAGACAGCGACGAGGACAGCAGUUCUUUGUCUGAAGAAGGAAAUCGAGAGUCUGAAGAAGAUGACAAUGGUGCAACUGCCAGAAAACAGAGGCGAAAUCAAGAUAGAGAUGACGACGAUGAUGGAUUUUUUGGACCAGCCCUUCCGCCUGGAUUUAAGAGGCAGGAUGACUCUCCUCCAAGGCCUAUCAUAGGUCCUGCCUUGCCACCUGGUUUCAUUAAGUCUUCACAGAAAAGUGACAUCAGAGAGGAUCCAAGACAAGUGUCGUCAUCUUAGACACUAAUAACCAUUAAAGGCAUGGUCAACUCAGAGGAAGCAGAGAGCAGUGAGGAUGAGGAUAUUGUUGGACCAAUGCCUGCAAAAGGACCAGUUAACUAUAACGUGACAACAGAGUUUGAAAAAAGGGCCCAGAGAAUGAAGGAAAAAUUGACCAAAGGAGAUAAUGAUUCCUGA